CUCCGCCUGCCAGUGACACAAUAACACGGGAAGCGGCGGGAGGGAUCCGAGCCUGCUGUGGGGAAAAGUGACCUGAGGCGCUCAGGUCGGCGGCGAUGGAGGAGGGCAUGAGCAGCAUGCAGCAGAAAGCGGCGGAGCUGGAGCACAUGGCCGAGGUCCUGCUCACCGGCGAGCAGCUCCGGCUCCGACUGCAUGAAGAAAAGGUCAUUAAGGAUCGGCGACACCACCUCAAAACGUACCCGAACUGCUUCGUCGCCAAAGAGCUGAUUGACUGGCUGAUGGACCACAAAGAGGCCUCCGACAGGGAGACAGCCAUUAAACUGGUACAGAAAUUACUGGAUCACAGCAUUAUCCACCAUGUCUGUGAUGAGCAUAAAGAAUUCAAGGAUGUCAAACUGUUCUACCGCUUCAGAAAAGAUGACGGGACGUUUCCACUGGACAAUGAGGUGAAGGUGUUCAUGAGAGGACAAAGACUGUAUGAAAAGCUGAUGAGUUCUGAAAAUACCCUUCUGCAAGCCAGGGAAGAGGAAGGAGUCAAGUAUGAGCGGACCUUUGUGGCGUCGGAGUUCAUUGACUGGCUGAUCCAGGAGGGAGAGGCCGCGACACGGAGCGAAGCGGAGCAGCUCGGCCGCAGGCUUUUGGAGCAUGGCAUUAUACAGCACGUGUCCAACAAGCACCAUUUUUUGGACAGCAACUUGCUCUACCAGUGCAGAAUGAAUUUCCGCCGGCGGCGGCGAUUAAUGGAACUCCUCACAGAGAAAUCUCGCUUGAUGCCAGAAAGCCAUGACAGCCCGUUCUGCCUGCGCAAGCAGAACCAUGACAACAGGAAACACACCAGUUUUCUCUCAGUGAGUCCCACCAAGGAGAUAAAGAUCGUGUCGGCAGUGCGGAGGAGCAGCAUGAGCAGCUGUGGCAGCAGCGGGUACUUCAGCAGUAGCCCCACGCUCAGCAGCAGUCCCCCCGUGCUCUGCAACCCCAAAUCUGUAUUAAAGAGACCUGUGACUGCUGAUGAGCUCUUGAUGCCUGGAGCCCCAUAUGUUAGAAAAACUUUUACGAUCGUUGGUGAUGCCGUGGGCUGGGGCUUUGUGGUGCGGGGGAGCAAACCCUGCCACAUCCAGGCUGUGGACCCCAGUGGGCCAGCGGCCGCUGCUGGGAUGAAGGUUUGCCAAUUUGUCGUGUCUGUCAACGGCCUCAAUGUUCUCCAUGUGGAUUACAGGACAGUAAGCAACCUCAUCCUCACUGGCCCUCGAACAAUUGUGAUGGAAGUGAUGGAAGAAAUAGAGGCCUGAGAAAACACAAAAUCCCUGUUACUGGACACUUUGUGAGACAAAUAGCAACAGCCAUGGAGUGUUAUGACACAAGGCAGCAGAAUGUUGCUGUGUCUAAACAGAUGAUUUUGCUUUUAUGGGAGGAGGCUCUCUUUCCUUUAAUAAUAGCACUGGUGAUUAUGCUAAGAUGUGAACAAUAGCUACCAGCUUAUUUUCACUAUGGACUUCUCUGUGCCCAACAGAGACAAGACCAGGGCCUUUAGGUGGUCUGUCCAGCCAUGGCUGCAUCGGUCAGAAUGGGUUCCAGCCUAAGAGGCUGUGCAUAUUUCCUCACAGUCCAAUGCUGGAUCAAAGCACUUCAGGAGGUGAAAGAGCCAAGCACUGUGGGGUCAGGGUGUCACAGAUGGUUUCCAUGAGAUACUGACAUUAAUAAACAUUGUCCUGGUGUCCAGCUUUGUCCCGGGAGCACGUGCAGUCACAGUUGCUCUCUCCUUGGGCUGAGGGACAGCUGACUAAAUCCUGGAUUGAUUACAAUCAAACACAAAUGAACUGCAAAUGCAUGGGAAAAGGUGUCUGUGCUCUCCAGAGGAUAGUCUGGUAUGAAUGUUUGGGCCUUACUGAUUACAUGGGUUAGUCUAGAAAGAAAAUGGAAAAACGUGUGGUCUUUUACAAAAACUGCCUUUGAAAAUUGGUCUUCUGGUUUCAAUGCUUGUGUGCUGGAUUAGGUGCUUGAGUAUAAUAUAUUGAUUUUGAGGUUUUUUUCCAUACCUGUAAAGGAAAGGCGCCUCAGUCUUACUAUUCAUCACUUCGGAGAAGAACCUUAAUUCCCAGAAGAAUAUUUGGCAGGUUGUAGUGGGAAAUUCACAGUGUUAGCGUAAGGAAUGAUGCAUCCAGAUUCUCCUGUAGCAAAAGCAGACUUCAAAUUGAAGCAAUGUGCUUGAAUGUACAAGAAGCUUAUGAGCACUUUCCAAUCAUCUGAUGUUUUGCAAAGAAUCAGCUUCCCUCAUGAGCUGCAUUUGACACUGUUACAAACAAAACAUUGUAUUUAACUGACUCUUAUUGUUUCUCAAACAGUAGGAUUUUUUCAUUGAUAAAUUCAUGAAAGAAGUAUUUUUUAAAAACAUAUAUAAAAAUUCUGAAUUCUGCAGUUAGGUGACUCUUCAACUCAGUGAUAAGGGGACUGCAUUGGUUUUCUUUGAUCUUUGAACAGAAUGAAUAUAUCCUGCUCCACAAAAUCAUACACUUUGCAGACUUUCUUUGCUGUCUGAAUUUUACAAUUAAAGCUUGACUUUCUAUAUGCACAUACCACAAAUCAUCAGAUUCUGGGGUGGGGAAAGUAUUUUUCCUCAAAUAAUUUUGAAACAUGUUUUGUAUUAAAAAUUGUUCUCACUAAAAAAAUUGCUCUUUCAGUAUGUUUUUCAUUCACUCAAACACUUUUACUUCAGAGAUAAAGCAAGUCUUCAAACUCAUGUAUUCCUGCAGCUUUGUAGGAAGAAGUCCUUGAGUUCUUUGUUUCUGGUUUUGUAUAUCUGUGGCUGUAUUUUCACCCAGAAAACUUCUCAUAUUCCACUAAUGUGCAGCAGUGCAGGGAGGUAUAAAACUGCAGCUGCUUACUCGAUACUAACCAGGCACCAGAGUGUUUGGAAGGUUUGUUCAAACUGUCAUCUAUGACAGUUCUGAAUCCCGAUUGUACUCCCCAAAAUUUUGGAACACAUGUAUAUGCCACAGCAGGUUACAUUUUACAGGUCAUCCAAAAUAAAUAGCUGGGCAUACAAUGUUAUAUUCGAUUGUAAUAACUGUCCAUGGUAUCCACUCAGUACAGUUGGAAACAAUCUUGUUGUUCUAGGAAUGUUUCAGUAUGCUAUAAGUAUUUUGAGUUUGUGAAUCCAGGAAUGCUUCUCCAAUUAUUUCUAUUUAAUGUCUAUUUUUUUUAAAUUUUCUUUUUUUUUUUCCUUCUUCUCUUUUUUCCCCCUAGGUUGUUUUGGUGGCUUAGCCCCUUUAGAAUAUAAAUUCUGCAUGUUAGGCUAAGUAAAAUAUUAAAAUUGAAGGAUUUUCUUAGCAAAUUGCUGAUGAUUCUCUCUAAUACCAUCAUGGGUUCAUCUCUUGCCUUAGUUAAUAUUCUGCUAGAAGUUCUCUGUAGGUUACAGAUAAUUAAGAAACUGGGUCAGAAUUUGGCUUAAUAAUGCAUUACAGAGUGCACUUCAGACUGGAGCAAAAAGAGUGGGAAUGGGGGCAGGGAGAAAUCUGUGCAUUUCAUUAUGUUACAGAUUGGAGAUGGCAUCUUGAUUCACAAGAUACAUUAGUCUCUAUCACAAUUUGAGCACAGCUACUUGCCUUCUGUUUAACAGAGAUUUCCAUAUUGUGUUCUCAAUUUGACUGACAAUCUGGGAUUUAAUUAAUUCUUUCCCUCUUCAGUGUGACAAAGGUAUUCAAAUUGUGUCUGCAAUGAAAUUUUGUAUUUUGGAAGAAAGUAUGGAAAGUAAAGAAUUAAGCUAUGAAAUGUAUAAUUUCCAAUUAAAUUGGAGUUUGUCUGCACACAGUGCUGCAUAUGCUCCGAGACAUCCCACAACAGUCAGUGUCAAACGCUCAUGCACUUCAGAGGGCAGAGAAUUUUAAAUAUAACAGAGCACCUUGCUUCCUGCAAAGUGCCAGGGGAAAUGUAAGAUUAUUCACGGAAAUGAGGCAUUUCAAGAGAUAUCUUGAAUGAAUAGCAUGAAUACAACAGUGUAGAAUGAAGCAAGAAACCAGAAAUUAAAAAACGAACCCUGGCAUCAGCAGUAAAAGCUUCAUUUAAAAGACACGCAUUUUUGUAAGACUUACUGUCUUCUGUGAUCUCAUUUGGGUUACUGUAGAUCUUGCAAGAUCCUCUAAUAAAUCUUUAAGCCUUAAUCACUCAAAUUAGUGCCAUUCCUCUGUGCAUGUACAUUUGCAAAUCACUUAUGGACAUCUUCAAGCAAUGUAAUAUUUAAUUAAAUUCAAGUAGCAGUUAAGCUAAUUGGAACAUUAAAUCAGUGCAAUAUUUAUAAUAUUUUUCCUGUUAUAUUUCCCUAAAGAUAAAUUAUUUUCAUUAUCUUUUUUCAAGAUCAAAUACCAUGUGUAUGGUAUUGACCACAACUGGUUCCACAACUAGUCCCAUGGAAGUCAUUUCAUUCACACAAUGAUGCAAUAAUCCACUUAGGUGUAUCAGUACUUAAUUGUCUGCAUUUAUGUCUGCAUAGAAGCUGAAAAUAAAACUUUCAGAAUUAAAAAGACAUGGUGUCACAGCAGCAUCUGAAAUAUGAGUGGGUGUGGCCAGCUGUACCUUCUUCUAUGAGAUUACAUUCAGGACGAGGUUUGGAAUGAAAAGGUCAUGCAGCAGGACUGUUUUUCAAAGUGUUUUUCCUAUUUUUUUUUUCUCUAUUUUCUGAUCAUACCCUCACUAAUGACUAAAGUGCUAGGAAUGUGUCAAAUGCUGUCCCAGAAUUACUGGUUUAAUGGUCAGCUUGUUCCCUUAGCAUGGUCUGGAUCUCUGAGAAAACUGCCCCAGUGUAGUUCAGAGAAUAGCAUGAGAUGUGAAUUUGGUGCCUCUUGGCCUUCAGACCAGAGACACUCUCUGCACUGACUUGAUGUACUAACAUAGAUAUAAGCAAAUGAGAAUAGUCUGAAGUUUAGGAAGAGGAAGCUAUUGACUCCUUUCUUCUUCUGUGCUGAUAGCUAUAAUGCAUGGAGGUUUCCUUUUUCUUACCAAAUUAUAGAGUAAUGCUCUAAUAAUUUCAGAUAAUUCUGGGAAUCAAAUACUAAUUUUUAAUGUUAAUUUUUAAAGAUAUUAUUUUAAUUUUAGAGACAGGAGAAACAAUAUGUCUUGCAAAAGUGUUUGUUUAAUGCAAGACAGACUGAGAAAUCAAGUGUUGCAAUUAUGAGCAUUUUCUUCCCAGUGCGCAAUUGGAACUAGACCACUUGUGUAAGUGAAAAAUCACUUGUAUGUCACAUACAUAAAUACAUUUAGACAACACCACUCUUCAAAUAAAGUGACCUACUAACCUUUUACAAUAAAAUUAUCAUUAAAGGUUUUCAUAGAUCACCCUUUUUAAAUGUC